AUGGCUAUACCCAACCGCACGGAGGCCAAGCAGAUGCGGAGCAAUCCGCACAGGAUACAUGAGUUUAAAAUAGCCAACUUGCUCACAGAUCCGUUCGCUAUUUCACUGCUAUCACUGGCACUUAUAUCGUGGAUUAUUGCAUUUGUUGGAUCCGUAACAGCGGCCUCCAACAGUUCAAAGUAUCCUCCAUUCGCUUGGUGGGGGAUUGCGUACCAGUUCUUGUUAUUGGUGAUUAUAUUUUUUCUUUACUGCUACGAACUGAUCGACUAUUAUCGAUCGUUUCUUGCAGGCGCCUUGGCUGUGGCUUUUAUCUACACCACAAACAGCACUGGUGAUUUGAUAUAUCUAGAUGGGUCUAGAAUGGGUGCAGCAUCGGCUGGCUUGAUUUUACUUUCCAUGAUCAACGCCAUUUGGCUAUUCUAUUUCGGUGCAGACAAUGCCUCACCUUCCAAUAGAUGGAUUGAUUCCUACUCUUUGAAGGGAAUUCGCCACUCUGUGUUUGAGUCUUCAAUCGCUUUGAGUAGUAGGCCUACGAUGGCUGGGCGCAACGUGUCAAAGUAUUCUGCCACUCCUCAUGACGCGCCCUACAGUGAGCAGCUUCCUCACUCCACAAGUUUUUACCCAGAUACUCAUUCCCAACACUACGUUUCCUCUACCGCAUUGAAUGGGUUUGAGAACGCAGAACCACCAGCUGCUCCAGCGUUACAAAAUAAUUUGCCAAACACGCAAAACAGCAACACAUUCUUCACUGACACAACGAAUGGUAACACAGAAACAACGAUGGGUGACACUUUGGGGCUCUACAGUGAUGCCGGCGACGAGCUGGGUAGCUUCCCUUAUGUUGCAAAGGCUCUGUACACUUACUCCGCUGACUCCAACGAUGCUUACGAAGUAUCAUUUGAACAAGGAGAGACACUAAGGGUUGGGGACAUUGAAGGUAGGUGGUGGAAGGCUAAAAGGGCUAACGGUCAGACAGGUAUUAUUCCAAGUAACUACGUGGAGCUAAUAAGCGAAAGUUCGUUCUAA